AUGGUAACCACUAACCAAUGGGGGUACUCUGUAGGCAUAAGGCAGGUGUCUUCGACGAUGCGCAACCGCAGCAUCAGCUCACCUGCAGAGGGGCAGCCGCCGGAACUACGUGCCGAUUCGGCCUGCGCGCGCGCCUAUAAUCCUCCAUUAUUGAAAUGUCCCAUAGAAAAUCCCUCAGAGUAUCCAACCGACAUGGUCACAAGAACACCAGUAGCUGAUAACCUCAGCGUAGAAGGCGCUAAGUCGCGGAACUGCCACCAAACUGAGCAUGCCGCCCGCUUCGUUACACCAGAUGGGCCGUCAUAG